GGCAUGGAAUCGGUUAAUCGCGAAAAGGUCUUCGACCGAACAGGAUGGGCGGUACGCGGCAAACGCUUCUUUGUCUGGUGGCGACGGCGGCACUGAUGACGACACUGGUGCUUCCGUUUGCGGCAGCGCAAGGUCAACAGCAGGCACGAAUCGUAUGCUAUUUUAGCAAUUGGGCCAUUUAUCGACCGGACGUCGGCCGGUAUACGAUCGAUGACAUUCCCGGAGAGAUGUGCACACACAUUAUAUACUCGUUCAUCGGGGUGGACGACAGCAACUAUAAGGUGCUGGUGAUCGAUCCAGAAGUGGAUUUGGAACAGAAUGGAUUCCGGAACUUCACCAAUUUGAAGAGCAAAUAUUCCAAUGCGAAGUUUAUGAUCGCCGUUGGGGGCUGGGCAGAAGGCGGGAAGAAAUACUCACAGAUGGUGGCGGUGAAGGAAAGGCGUGACUCGUUCAUUGACAGCGUGGUGCAGUUCAUGAAGGCGUACGACUUUGAUGGAUUCGAUCUGGAUUGGGAGUACCCGGGGGCUGCCGAUCGAGGAGGCAGCUUCAGCGACAAGGAUAAGUUCUUCUAUUUUGUCGAGGAACUGCGAAGGGCGUUCGAUCGGGAAGGUCGAGGAUGGGAGAUCACGAUGGCCGUACCGGUGGCGAACUUUCGAUUGCAGGAGGGCUAUCACGUUCCGGAGUUGUGUGAGAACCUGGAUGCCAUCCACUGCAUGACGUACGAUUUGAGAGGCAACUGGGCCGGAUUUGCCGAUGUGCAUAGCCCUCUGUACAAGCGCCCUCAUGAUCAGUGGGCGUACGAAAAGCUGAAUGUCAACGACGGAGUUCAGCUCUGGGUCAACUAUGGUUGUCCACCGAGCAAGUUGGUUAUCGGCGUUCCAUUCUACGGCAGAACGUUCACUUUGAGUGCCAGUACAAAGAAUCCCACCCUUGGAUCAUACAUCAACAAGGAAGCCGGCGGUGGAGCUCCUGGUCCAUAUACCAAUGCUAGUGGCUUUUUGGCUUAUUAUGAGAUCUGCACAGAAGUUCAAGAUGAGGAGAAAGGAUGGACUAAGAAGUGGGACGACGUGGGUCUCUGCCCGUACACAUAUAAGGACACCCAGUUCGUUGGAUACGAAGACGUAGAAUCGCUGCAGCAUAAAAUGCAAUGGAUCAAGCAAAAAGGGUACGCUGGAGCUAUGACUUGGGCCAUUGAUAUGGAUGAUUUCCGAGGAUUAUGCGGCCCGGAAAAUGCUUUGAUGAAGGUGUUGUAUGAUCACAUGAAGGAUUAUACCGUUCCUGAGCCUACAGUUACAACCACUCCAAGGCCUGAAUGGAAUCGACCACCAUCGACGCAAUCUUCAGUCCAAGAGGUUCCCCUAGCUGGAGGACCCACUACUACCACGACUCGUCGGCCAAAACCGACCACAACCGCAUCCAAGCGAACAACGCGGAAGUCCACUACGACUACAACCACAACCCCUGCUCCGGAUAGCUCGGAAGAAGACGAAGACCGUCAGCCGGAACCAGCGCCGGUGCCAAUUCCUGCACCCGCUCCAGCCCCGAGUGGUGGUGACGCUGAAGAUGCUGCCGAUGUUGACUGUUCGAAUGGACAGGACUACGUAGCGUCGGCGUACUGCGCCAAGUACUAUCGCUGUGUUCAUGGGCAACCAAUUGAAUUUAGCUGCAAACCGGGUACCGCGUUCCACACGGUGUCCAAUGAUUGCGAUUGGACUGAAAAUGCCGAUCGGGCCGAGUGUCGCAGCGAGGUGAAAACGGUUAAGGAUUUCAUGCUGGAUGGAAAGGCGGGUGAACAGGAAAACGAGUCGUCGGACAUCUAUAACCUCCUGCAACAGUCGGGGCGCCGUCCAACCGGAAGCCAGAAGGGGACCGGCAUGGACGGGUCGACCUCGGCGCCGGCAGGACAAUGGAAGCAGCAGAAACCGAAACCCGAAAACUACCGGAGGGAUCUCCCAUCGGGCAAGAUGGAGCUUAAGGAUAAUGUGAUGCUGUUUAUUACGGCUGUAUUGGCUAUGGUUGCAUCGGUGAGGGCAAUCGAUGAUGGUCCUUCUCGCCGAAUGGUAUGUCACUACACGACCUGGUCACAGGGCCGAUCCGGAGGAGCAUCCUACCGUGUGGAGAAUGUACCGGGAAAUCUGUGCACACACGUGGUUUACAACUUUAUCGGAAUCGAUGAAGAUACGUACAAGCUGGUACCGCUACAGCGAGAGAUCGACAUCGUACAGGACGGGUUCGGGCGGUUCGUUGAUUUGAAGAAGACCUAUCCUGAGCUUAAAACGACCAUCGCUGUAGGAGGAUGGGGGCACGGCGGGGCAAAGUUUAGCAAGAUGGCUGCCUUCAGGGAUCGAAGGAAGAUCUUUGUGCAAAGUGUGGUGAACUUCUUGGAAGAAUAUGGCUUUGAUGGGCUGGAAAUUGCGUGGCUUUAUCCGGGCAAUCCUGAACGAGGCGGAAACAGCAACGAUAAAGACAACUUGAUUUAUUUGGUGGAGGAGCUGAAGCGAGCUUUCACGUCACGAGGUCGAGGAUGGGAGGUAACGGUUCAGGUACCGUUGGAUAAAGCCAGGUUGGCCAUCGGAUACGACAUCGGAGAUUUGUGCGAUGCUGCCCACUUUGUCCAUCUCAUUGGCUACGAUAUGCGAGGAUGGUGGAACAAUUUCGCCGAUGUACAUAGUCCCAUGGCUGAUCGUUCCCACGACGUGGGCAAUUUCCGUGGAAUCAACGUACGGGACGGAGUUCAACACAUGCUGUCCAAUCGUUGUACGCCGGGAAAAAUGAUAUUGGGAGUUGCGCUGUUCGGUAGAACGUACACCUUGGCCAAUUCUCAACAGAACAGUAUCGGCUCACGAACGACAGGUCCAGGACCAGCCGGCACUUACACACACGAAGCCGGAUAUCUCGGAUACUGCGAAAUUUGCCGCAAAUUCCUUUCGCGUUCGCCAAUAGCACAAUCGCCCUGGCCAAAGUUAUGGGAUGAUGUUGGCCAGUGUCCGUACACCUACCGGGGGCGCGAGUGGAUCGGCUACGAAGAUGAACAAUCGCUGCAGGAGAAGGUUAACUUUGUCAAAGAGAAACAGCUGGCCGGAAUCUACGCAUUUUCACUGGAUUUGGAUGACUAUCUGGGUGACUGUGCGAGUGAGCCCUAUCCAUUGACACGGAAACUGUACGAAUAUAUCAAAGAAACGAAAGAUUGCGGAAAUAUCGGAGGAUUCUUCAACAGAGAUGAGUGUUGAGGAUAACAUUUGAAACGAAUAUUCGAUGAAUUUCAGUACUUACAAUAAACAAACAAGGUUA